AAAUGACUUAGGCUAUGUUUAACUGUGUUUAUAUGCAGACAGACACGCACUACCUUUUAGAUGAGAUGUGAAGUUGUCCGCUGGUUUCCUCUGAAUGUAACCAGUCUGUAUUUCGCUUGUUUGUAUACUGGACGUGCGUAAUGAAGGACGCCGCUGCUGGGAUUCCAUAAUUGCUUUUGUGCUCCGAUUUUAUCAAAGGGAAAGAGGAGAGAAAUUCGCCAAAUGAAGAAAAAACAUGGAUGAACAUGAUGCAGAGGAAGCUUCAUGACAAAACCUUAGCUCUAUGGAUGCCACUCCUGAAAGAGGAGAAGCUUACACACAAGCAUUUAACCCUGGGAACCUGAAAUAAAAACUUUGCUGAUCACCACACCACAUUUCAGCAAACUUCUGUACAACUGCCAAAAGCUAUAUGGAUAUUGAACAAUUAUACACAGGAAAAAUAGAUUUUUUUCCUCAUCUGCAUUAUGUAACUGUAAAAUUCUGGUUUUACAAUAUCAUCAAAGACACGAGGCGCAGCCAAGUUUCAGUACAAACUGCAAUUUAGAAGGCUUCAUGUGGACUUGACAACAGAUAAGAGAGAGAUAACAAGCAAACCUUUUGUAUCUGUCAUCAUCAUCUUACAUACAGUUCCACACUUAGCUUUAUUGAAAAGGAGGAGCCCAUUAAAGCAGUUGAUAGAUAGGAAGGUUUGGUCUGAAGGUGUUGGUGCCGGCUGGCUGCUGGUUGGAGAUGAGAUAAGAGCGUUGGGAUGAGGGAAAAGGAGUGCCUGUCUGACAGGAGCUGAAUACAAAUUAGGAUUCUUCUCUCCUGCAGCUAACAGUGAGACAAAUUAUUAUUAGAGAGAAGAAAUGGACAAAUUAACUGGCUUCAAUUACAGGAGCAUUAGUUGUGGAUGGAAUUAGAUGUUUGCUGAGGGUUAAUAUAAAAUCACAUUGCAAUACAAGGGAUAUUGCAAUGUGAAAUGAGGAUAAAAUACUUAGCUUCUGCAUUUUGCCUGAACUGAUGUCAUGAGGUGGGUUUAAACCUUGGAGAUAAGGAGGUUUAAAAGUUGCAGAGGCGAGAUGGAGCUGGAUAAUAGUUCACUGGACUACUUUACCAGCAACUUCACAGAGAUUCCUGACACCACAACAACUCCACCCUGGAGCAAGGCCACGCUACUCGGCCUCCAGAUCUCCCUGUCUGCACUGUUAGCUGUCGUCACCCUGGCUACCGUGCUCUCAAACGCCUUCGUCAUCGCCACCAUCUUUUUAACCAGGAAGCUCCACACACCUGCCAACUUCCUGAUCGGCUCCCUGGCUGUCACAGACCUGCUGGUGUCUAUUUUAGUCAUGCCAAUCAGCAUCGUCUACACUGUCAGCAAGACCUGGUCGCUGGGGCAGAUUGUCUGUGACAUCUGGCUGUCGUCUGAUAUCACCUUCUGCACGGCCUCCAUCUUGCACCUGUGUGUAAUCGCAUUGGACCGCUACUGGGCCAUCACAGACGCCCUGGAGUACUCGAAACGCCGCACCAUGCGUCGGGCGGCGAUCAUGGUUGGGGUGGUAUGGGUGAUCUCUAUAUCGAUUUCCAUGCCUCCACUUUUCUGGCGGCAAGCCAAAGCCCACGAGGAGCUGACGGAGUGCAUGGUCAAUACAGAUCAGAUCUCUUACACCCUAUACUCCACCUUCGGCGCCUUCUACGUCCCCACAGUGCUGCUCAUCAUCCUCUAUGGACGGAUCUAUGUUGCCGCCCGCUCCCGCAUCUUUAAGACGCCGUCUUCCUCAGGGAAACGUUUCACCACAGCACAGCUCAUCCAGACCUCUGCAGGCUCCUCUCUCUGUUCUCUUAAUUCUGCCUCCUACCAGGAAGCACACCUACGCUCUGGCAAUACGGGGGGUGGGGGAGGAGGAGGGGGAGGAUCGCCUCUAUUCAUGAAUAGCGUUAAAGUGAAGCUGGCAGACAGCGUGCUCGAGAGGAAACGUCUGUGUGCGGCUCGGGAGAGGAAAGCGACCAAGACACUGGGCAUCAUCCUGGGCGCUUUCAUUGUCUGUUGGCUCCCGUUCUUUGUGGGCACGCUCGUCAUGGCCAUAUGUAAAGAGUGCUGGUUUGAUCCAGUGCUUUUUGAUAUAUUUACCUGGCUGGGAUACCUGAACUCCCUGAUCAAUCCUAUUAUCUACACCGUAUUCAACGAUGAGUUCAAACAGGCUUUCCAAAAACUCAUUAAAUUCAGACGAUGCUGCUGAAAAAAAAUUUAUUAAUUAAAAUCUGUUGGAAAACAGGGAGUGAGAAACACAAAGAGAAAACAAGAUAAUAAUGAUAAUGGAAGUACUGUACACUUAAAUGUCCCAUCUUGUAAACACAUGCUAAUUGUGAUAUGUUUUUGAUUUUUAUAUUCAACAGUGCCGUGCCAUGCUCUUUAGAUACCUACAGCAUUCAUAUAGACUUAUGCAUGCAUGCUAAAAAAAAUAGACUAAGAACUGUGGAACUCAUCCAU